AUUUAAUUUUAUGGGUCUGCGAAGAGUGGUCAGUGACUGUAGUAGACGGGUUGGGCCCAUAAGUUUAAAUUGCUCACAGCACGAAGAACAGGAGGGAAAGCAGUCGACAAAAUCAACCACUCCAUUUUCCCGGCACUGAAAUGCAUAGACCAUGAAGGAUACAGAAACGCACGGGAGCCUAAGAGGCAAGGAAAAUGAGUUGGCCGACUACGGCCGUUUAUCAUCCAAACAAAAGGCUAGGAUUUCCGAAAACUUCAAAGCCGCCAAGGCGCUUCUCGCUCGCAAAAGGCCCCGCGGUGCUUUCGAUCAUCAAUUCCCUAGAAAGGGAAGUAGACAUGCGGAUCAGCUCGGUGGAAUUACAAGGAUUCCGCUCUCUGAGGUGUCAAUGAACACACCUCUACAUACCUCUGAGAAGUCGUUAAAUUCAAAGUUGAUCAAUGGAUGCAAUUUACUAUGCUCUAAUGGGGCCUUUGGGUACACUGUUGAAACAAGAAGGGAGAGUGGAGAACAUUUAUCUUUAUUCAAAACUCCUGACAACCAAAAAAUACAAUGUACUGACCAGUAUUUUGAUAGUUCAUCCUGCAAGACUGCUUCCAGUCUCCACGGAGAAGCAGAUGUUUUAGUGGAACACACUGCUGAAAUAGAUUCCAAUUUUACUCCGGUGAGGCAACCUUGCUUCUCUGAUGUUAAUGGGGUGUACCCAUCAUCCAGUGUUCUGGAUGAUGCUUUUGAUGAGUCUUUUUUGGAGGAAAUUGAUGCUUUGUGUGAGCAGAAGUUAGCAGAAAGUGCAAAAAGGGAGACGAGUGGUGCUGAAGAGGAGGAAAGUCGCUAUACUUUCAGAAGUAGUGGGAAGGACAAGUCAGGUGUGAAAGUUAUUUUAGAUGAAAAAGUAAUGGCUGAAAGCACCCCGACUUCAACUGAUAAAGUGUCUGAGGCAAAAGAUUCAGAUAGUGGUGGUAGGGAUCUCUCAAAUCCUGAUGGAUUAUGUCAAAACUUAGAACAUGAAGGUUUUUUAAUUUUAGAAAGUGAUCAAGCAUGUAAGCAAGAACCCAAGAGUCCUUUGGAUUCAUAUACUAGAAGCAUGCCUGAUGAUUAUGCACAGUAUAUAAGGGCACUAAAUGACAAGCAGCGGGAUGCUGCUUGCACUGACAUAUCAGUCCCACUAAUCAUAGUUGCUGGACCAGGGAGUGGCAAGACAUCUACAAUGGUAGGACGUGUCUUGAUGCUGCUGCAUAAGGGCAUUGACCCAUCCAACAUUCUGGCUAUGACCUUCACUAUAGCAGCGGCUACUGAAAUGAGAGACCGAAUUGGGGCAGUUGCUGGGAAGUCAGCAGCCAAAGAGCUAAAAAUUAGCACAUUUCAUUCAUUUUCCCUGCAACUCUGUCGUUUACAUGCAGAGAAGCUGGGCCGCACAGCUGACUUUUUGGUAUAUGGGCAAGUGCAACAGCGAAGGGCUGUCAUUGAGGCAGUUCGCCUACUGGACGUUGGGAGCAAAGGGUAUAAUAUUGAGUCCUGCAAUCUAAAUGAAAUGCCUGGCAUGAAAUCAGCUCAGCAGUUUAAGGAUAAGUCCAAGAAAUGGCUGAAGUUUGUAGUACAGGCUAAAGCUGCUGGAAGGUCAUCUGAAUACUACUCUAAAAUCGGAAACAAUAUAGGAGCUGCAAUUCUUGAAAAGUACAAUGACAUAUUAAAAUCCUGCAACGCUUUGGAUUACCAUGACUUGAUCAGUUGUUCUGCCAAACUCUUAACUGACUUUCCAGAAGUAUCCAAGGAGUGCCAGGAAUCAUGUAAGGCAAUUGUAAUUGAUGAGUUUCAGGACACAAGUACCACACAAUAUGGUCUCCUGCUGAUCCUUGCAUCCCAUAGGAGAAUUACUGUUAUUGGCGAUGAAGAUCAGUCUAUUUUCAGUUUUAAUGGAGCUGAUGUUUCUGGAUUUGAUUCAUUUCGAAAAGAUUUUCCAAUGCAUAAAGAGAUUAGGCUUGAUAGGAAUUAUCGAUCUACACGUUGCAUUGUGGAAGCUGCAUCAUUUCUCAUCCAACACAAUUUGAAAAGGUGCCAGUCAAAACAUGUUCUUACAGAAAAUUCUUCUGGAGCUAAGAUAACCAUCAAGGAGUGCUGCAACGAGGAUGCACAAUGUUCAUUUGUUACUGAUAAAAUAUUAGAAAUUGUAUCUGAUAGUUCAUCUGCCAAAUCUUCAUUCAGCAACAUUGGCGUGCUCUACCGAAGGCAGGUGUCGGGAAAAGUAUUUCAAAGAGUUUUCCGUGAUAGAAAAAUUCCAUUUAACAUUCAUGGUGUGGCCUUCUACCGGAAAAAGGUGGUUAAAGCAAUUAUUUCUAUGCUCAGAACAACACUUCCUGGUUGUGAUAGUCCAUCAUAUCGACGAAUAUUUAAAGCUUUACUAGCUUUUGAUAAAGAUGAAAAGAAGAAGAUAAUCGAACACAUUGAUAAAGUUUCUGCUAUAAGGAACUGUACCUUUCUUUCUGCUGCGAGCGACAUAUUUGGUGCAAAGAUAUCAGGGACGUUCAAAAGGAGAGAACUUAACCAAGGUCGAAAGGUGUUAAUCACUCUCGACAUGAUUUCGAAACUUGUUCACAGGGAACAAUCAAUUUCUGCUGUCAUUACUUCAGUUGCGAGUAUGAUACCUCAGAAGUUCCUUCUGGAACAGAGGGCAGUGGUUGAUAGUGAUGGAGGAAAGUUACUUAAUGAAGACAAUGAUAUUAGAUCUGUUCUUCAAUAUUUGCUGGACGACGUAUCUGAUUUCUUGAGAACCCAAUUUAAUACUUUAGAAGGAGAAAGUGGCUGUAUGAAAGAAGAGAAAGGUUGUGCCAGUGUGCUCAAACUGUUCAUUGAUUACAUAUCUGAACGCGAGACAGAAAAUUUCCGUGCCAGGAAACUUGAAAAUAAAGAUUCUGUCACCCUUACUACAAUACAUCAGUCAAAGGGAUUAGAGUGGGAUACAGUUUUCAUUGUGAAGGUCAAUGAUUCUGAGAUUCCCUUGCUACAUGAACACAAUGGAAUUACAAAUGAAAGUGCUAACUCUAUAGAGGAGGAGAGGCGCUUACUAUAUGUGGCAAUGACUCGUGCCAAGAAAAAACUUUUUAUUUUACAUAUAUUGAUGGACUCUAACUGGCAGGUUCUUCAACCGUCACGUUUUUUAAGAGAAAUUCCUCGACAUCUAUUGGAGUUCCAGGAAGAUCAAAGUUUAAGAGGUUCAGAAACAAGCAAACAGCUACACACUGAAGAAAUGCCCCAGAUUGCUUCCCUAGAAAAGAUACAGUCCUUUGAAGAUAGCUCAGGACUAAACAAUUCUUCCAAAAAAGUUGGGGAUAAAGCUCCAACAGAAUCAAUAGAAGUGUGCACUUCAAAUAAUUUUCUAAGAAGAUUUAGUAAAGAAGAUCGUGCUGUCGUUUCCCAUUUAUUCCAUCAGUGGGCCAAAAAGCCUGCAUUUAAGGAUCCGAAGAGGCUACUCAAUAAAGUUGGUUUUGUCAUUGAUGAGCGGCUGAGUGCCAAGAAGAUCUCGCAUAAGGGUGUAUUAUGUGCCUUGAAGUCCUGCCUGGGGAGUGAUGAAGCUCUUCUUUAUGCUGAAUAUGUUCUGUAUUGGCUGCAAAUACCUGCUGACGAGCGUGCUUAUUUGACGAGAGAAAAACAGGAACAUUUUCAAAAAGUGGGAGUUGAGAAUGCAAUGAGCUCAUCAGAACCAACUCCUAAACAGAUUUCUUAUCUUCAAAGUUUGGGAUGUACUGUGGUUCCAACAUCUCGUCUUCAUGCAUCCCGUCUGAUAGAGGAAUACAAAUCUCUGUAAGGUUGACCGCUCUAAACUGAUCUCAGAUACAACAAUCAAGAACCACGAAAC